AUGCAGGACAAGCUGAGUUGUGUUGCCUCAGCUUCAGGAGGUGUACAGAGGACCGCAGUCGGUCCACGCCAGGCGGACCUCUCCGAGGACGACGACGAGCCACACCACGACACCACCGGCGGUCGGCCACUACCUCCUGACCCACAACGUCACUCUUCUUUCGAGCCGCGUCAGCAGCGCAAGAGGCGCCACGGAGAGCGACAGACUGCGAGACCAUCAGGCGCACAAGCUGACGCCGACUUGCCAUUCAGGCGAUGCAGCUCUGUCUCCAGACAGACAGCUCCGACGGAUCAUCACACUCCGCCGAUGAGGGCUCCACCGGACCAGUACGUGCCGUACAGCACGGAGCGAGCUGCGCCUACCACCAUCCCUCCAUACACGCAAGAGAGCAUGCAGGAGGACCUCGACGAGCUCAUUCACGGACGUCGCUUAUGCUCUUCCCGCCUCCACUCGACCGAUCACCACCAUUCCAUUUUUCCUUUUCUUUUUCUUUUAUUGAGUCUGUUUAACUCUUCCUUUGAUUUAUUUUCACACCGGGUCGGUGUGAAGUAA